AUGAAUUAUACCUUGUUGGAAGUUUUAGAUUUACUGAAACAUAAGCAGACUAACUUUUCAGAGAUAUAUAAGUUCUGCUUAAAUGGAACAAAUUAUGCAAAUAAAUUAAAUGCAUAUAUAACUAGUAAUAAUUACGAUUUUAUAAAUAAUACAGGAACAUCUUCUAAAAAAAAUCAUGAUGAUCCUUUAAAUGGGUUUCCUUUUUCUAUUAAAGAUAAUUUUUGUACUAAAGAUAUUAAAACUACAUGUGCAUCAAAAAUGUUGUAUAAUUUAAUAGCAAUAUAUGAUGCAACUAUCUAUAAAAGAUUAUGCGAUGCUGGAGCAAUAUUAAUGGGGAAAACAAACAUGGAUGAAUUUUCAAUGGGGAAUGCCAGCAUAAAUAGCUUUUAUGGACCUGUUAAAAAUCCAUGGAAUAUGAAAAAGAAAAAUAUACAACUUAAAAAUAAUAUUUCAAACAGCAUCUUUGACAAUAAUAUAACAUUUAAUCAACUGAAAACUGCUAAAUUUCAUACAAAUCCAAAUAACCUAAUAGAAAAUGAUAACCAAAAGAUGUUAGAAAAUGAUGAUUUUCAUAUAUCUGGAGGUUCAUCAGGUGGAUCUGCAGUAUCUGUAGUGACAGGCUCAGCCUUUUAUUCAAUAGGCUCAGAUACUGGAGGUUCAAUAAGAAACCCAGCCUCUUAUUGUGGCGUGAUAGGGUUUAAACCCACAUAUGGCACCCUUUCAAGAUUAGGCUUGAUACCCUUGGCAAACAAUUUAGACACUCCAGGCAUUUUUUCCAGGUCUGUACAAGAUUGUACCUUGGUAUAUAAUGCCAUAGCAGGAUUAGACGAUGGAGAUCUUACGACAUCCGCUAAAACUAUCAAACCUUCUAUGAGCCUCUUUUCUUCUAAUCACGAUAAUAAAAGCGAAGAUGAAAUUCUCGUCAGGAUCGGGAUUCCGCAAGAAUUCCUUAAUCAUCCUACUCUCGAUCCCGAGAUCAGAUCGGAAGUUUUACGUAUAGCGGAUAAAUUAGCGGACUAUAGUUCUCACAUAGGUGAUAGGUACCUGGUGCCACAACAUUUGAAUGGUUUAGUAGAUAAAUCAAAUGAACAAAUUUUAACUCCUCCAAAAAAAGUCAAAUUUGCCCUUACAACUUUACCCAAAGCAUUGCCCCAUUUCGACGUUUCCUUGGCAUGUUAUACCGUUUUAUCAGCGACCGAUAUUUGUAGCAACAUGGCUAGGUAUGACGGGAUACGAUACGGUUUACGCGAAUCGACUAUGGCAGACACUAGAACAAUCGGAUUCAACGAAAUUGUCAAAGGAAGAAUAUUGGCUGGAAACUAUUUUCUAACCGGAAAAAACGCAGAAGCCUUCUUCCAACAGGCUUGUAAGGUCAGACGCCUAAUUUGUCAAGAUUUUUCCAAAAUUUUUGUUUCUUACUCGGAACGUUCUUCUAAUAGGGAUUAUUCAUAUGAGCCAAACCCCAACUGCGUUGAUAUUAUAUUGACACCUGUUACAUUGACAACCGCUCCAAAAUAUUCGGAAUAUCUCGAAUACACUCACGAACAAGUGAUGGAUCAGGAUAUAUUCACGGUUCACGCUAAUUUAGCCGGUAUCCCCGCCAUAUCUAUACCUAUAGCGUUGUCUAGUACGGGCAUGCCUAUAGGAUUACAAUUAAUGUCGAAUCACUUUACAGAAUCUCUUUUACUCUACACGGCCAAUUUAUUGGAAGAUGUGAUAGGUUUUUUCCCUACCCUUAAACCUUUGCCUGACGAAUUUUUGUUGUAA